AUGGCUGCGUCAAAAGCCACUGAUAAACCCUUUCAAGUUUAUGAAUCCGUUGGUCAUCAUCACCCUCAAAUGGGGUUCACAAUUCUUCAACGUAACACAUCCCCCCCUCAGCCCGGUGAGAGAAGAGGCCGGAGAAAGCAAGACGAGCCUGGAAGGUUUCUUGGCGUGAGGAGACGACCGUGGGGUCGAUAUGCCGCUGAAAUUAGAGACCCUACGACUAAAGAAAGGCACUGGCUUGGCACAUUUGACACCGCUCAUGAAGCGGCUCUGGCUUAUGAUAGAGCUGCAUUAUCCAUGAAAGGCACACAAGCAAGAACCAACUUCAUUUAUUCAUCUGACAACACUCUUCUCCCUUCUCUUCUUUCUCCUUUUGAUAUUCAAGCUCUCUUUACACCGUCAUCACAGUUCACAAAUAAUACUACUAGUAAUCACACUAAACAAUCUACACUUCUUCACAACAUGACUCCUCAGCCAGCUGACAUUUCCAAGAGUAAGACCUUCAAUAUCCCAAUUAAUAAUGAAACUAGUGUUGAAAAUCCAUGUGGGUCAGUUGAUAAUUCAUGUUUCUUAUUCUCGGCUGAUUCUUCUAACUCUGGCUAUCUGGGCUGCAUUGUUCCUGAUAGCUGUUUAAACCCUUCUGCAAAUCAUCAUACUACUAGUACUACAAACUCCAAAUACAGUAGCUCUAGUUCUGCUUCAAAUGAACAAAACAUCUUUGGGUCAAUGAGCUCAAGUUCCACAGAUAGUCAGUCACAUUGUAACAGCAACUAUGGAGGAUCACUUCCUCUGGAUAUAACUAGUGUGACAACAAUGGCAACCGAAGCUGGGAAUUUCCCUUACGUUGGUGAAUUCAAUAAUGGAUUUUGGAGUGAUGAAAAUCAACAGUACUCAUGGGAGAUGAUAAAGAACUGCGAUGAACUCUCAGCCAUUGUCAACCACAACCCUGGAAUGGUGGAAGAUAGUAACUGCAUGGGAAGUUUUUGUCCAAUUAUGGACAAUAUUAACCUUAGCUAUGGGCUAUUGCCUCAAGCCAUGGCCAUUUCUUCUCCAUCGACUUGCUCUCCUUCAGUUCCUCCUUUUGGUGGAGAUGUAGUUGACUUUGGUUAUUCACUCUUUUGA